GUGAAUGAUAUGGUGCAACAAACUGUUUUUGAUCGACUUAGGGAACAAGGUAUUGUCCUUCAGCAAUUCCCAGGUCCCUCAUCUAGCCUAACAGAUGAGGAAUGGGCACAGAAUCAACUCUAUGAUAUCAUUGUUAACUCAUCUAGAGAGCAAAUAGCUGCAGCCAUUCUUAAAAACCACGACAAACAUGAGAACGAGGAUGUAGAAGCGAAAGAAAAAAAGAAGAAAAACAAAAAAAUGGGAGAAGAGGGAAAAGAGGAAAUAAAUAGGGAGAGGGAGAGCAAUAAGGAAAUGGAGAUGGAUAAGCAUGAUGAAGCUCGACGCGAUCCUGGGCGUCCUUUGUUGUACCGUGGACAAUCAGAGAAAUCACUAGAUGGGCAACGUGGAGUUGCAUCCUUUUCCCGACAAGUGAACUCAUUAGGAGGAAGAGGAAGAGGAGUAGGAGGAAAGAAAACUGCCGAGUCAAUCCCAUCAACCAACACUCGUCAUAUUACUGGGGAUGGUGCGAUGAAUGAAAAGACGUCAGCAACACUGUCCAGGGACACACCAAGAGAAGGAAAGGAAUAUGCAAACAACAAGAAUAAUAAUCCCAUGUCUGGAACAGCAUUAAGCGACUAUACACAUACUUCACAAUUUUUGGAAGGAGAUGCAUUAACAGAUAAU